UAGAGGGAGUGACCCAAAACCGGCUUAAGGGAUGGGUUGGUGACUAGUGUGUUAUAUCACGACUAUUAUUAUCCACCAAACUCCAUAAAUACCCUCUUCUCCGAGAGGGCAUCGAUCGAGCACCUUUGUCUUUGCUCCAUUACCUGUACUAGUUUCAAACAGCAGGGCCACAUUGGAAUACGGCUUUUUGCAAUAUUGCCCAUGAAGCGAGGGUACACAGAAUCUCCAUCAACCUCUCUUGGUCCACCGCAUUCCAGAUUCAGACACAACCCAGAAGGUGAUUCACAAUUUCUAGAGGAUGAAAGCACAAAGAAUUUUGCCCGGAAAGUGGCCGACCAUUAUAGUGCCAGGACCAAUCAGACCUUGGAAGAACGAGAAGCAAGUCCAAUCAUUCAUUUGAAGAAACUAAACAACUGGAUUAAGAGUGUCCUCAUUCAGCUUUAUGCUCGCCGAGGGGAUGCUGUUCUUGAUCUUGCUUGUGGCAAGGGUGGUGAUCUAAUCAAAUGGGACAAGGCAAAGAUUGGAUACUAUGUUGGCAUCGAUAUUGCUGAAGGCUCGAUAGAAGACUGCCGUACACGCUAUAAUGGUGACGCAGACCAUCAUCAACGGCGCAAAAAGUUCACAUUUCCGGCUCGCCUUAUAUGUGGAGAUUGUUUUGAGGUUCCCUUGGACAGAGUUUUGGAAGAUGAUGCACCUUUCGAUAUUUGCAGUUGCCAGUUUGCUAUGCAUUACUCAUGGUCUACUGAGGCACGGGCACGACGUGCUUUGGCCAAUGUAUCAGCAUUACUUCGUCCAGGAGGCAUCUUCAUCGGAACGAUGCCAGAUGCCAAUGUUAUCAUCAAAAAGCUUAGAGAAGCUGAAGGGUUGGCCAUUGGUAAUAGCGUAUACUGGAUACGAUUUGAUGAAGACUUUUCUAAAAAGAAAUUUAAAACUUCUAGUCCCUUUGGUAUCAAGUACAAGUUCCACCUAGAGGAUGCUGUUGAUUGUCCUGAAUGGAUUGUCCCAUUUCAUGUCUUCAAAUCAUUGGCAGAAGAGUAUGAUUUGGAUCUGGUUUUAGUGAAGAACUCACAUGAAUUUGUGGAUGAGUACUUGAAAAAACCAGAAUUUGUUGAGCUUAUGCGGAGGCUAGGUGCUUUGGGUGAUGGAAACCAAGACCAGACCACAUUAUCACAAGAUGAAUGGGAGGUAGCUUAUCUGUAUUUGGCUUUUGUGUUGCGGAAGGUGACCACUGAACCCUUGUAUAAUAACCAUAUUAGUCUCUAUGUGAAAUUCUCUCCAUACUCCAUGUUUUGUAAUUCGAGGCUUUUGAAUGAAAUGCUGUGUUUGAUUUCAGCGAGGUCAACCAGACCGUACACAAGUGAAUGGCAGAAGAGAUAAAGGACAGAUGCAAAUAUCAAAGGAGGAUAUCAUGUACGUUGGCACUGGGGUUUAAACAAGAAUCAAAACCAGGUCCUUGUGUCUCCAUUUCCAAACUCAUAACAAUAACAGAGCCUGCUCCCUGAAGCAUGGAUCAGCCCACUUAGCCAAAUGGGAAACAUGUCAAGGUCACAAACUCAAGAUGGCUAUUCAAUUUUGUAGAAUCACAAUACCAGUUUACAGUUAUUUAUUUUGUAAUGUCUGGACAAGGAAUGCGAGAAUCAACCAACAGCGAAUGUGGUGGUUUACUUCACACCAUGCAGAAAAAGGAAAAGGAAAAAAAAAAUGAAUUUCUGUGUAUCUGUGGUUUGAUUGUCAUUUUAUGCCUGCGUACUUCAUUAACUUUCUCAGUUGGGAAAUAAGAGAUAGGCAGCUUCUGCUUCAUGGAUC